CUGAUGUUCACAUUUUAAGGUUUCUUAACACUAGUAUGUGAGUCAAUGGGAGAUAACAAACUUGGGCCCAAGAAAAAGUGUUCACACUGAGAGAGAAGUUCAGAUCAGAGAGAUAAGUUCAGACCAGACAGGUGUUCGGGUAUGCCGGUUUUACUGUUGUUAUAUGCUCCAUGUCUGAAUCGCUGAAUCCUUUUCAGGACAAUGAUAAAGAUGUUACGAAGGACCCUACGCAAGAUGAUGCCAUGGACUUUGAAGAUAGUAAUGAUGCAGGCAUGGCUGAUACCGUCACUGACAUUAUAUCAUCAUUGGAAGACAAAAACAAUGAAAUGGAACCUCACGCCAUUAAUGAAAAGGAGGAGACUUAUAUAAACAAAAUUGCUGAUAAUGCUGCAUCUAGAAUUCCUGAAGCUGAAAAAGGUGCUAUUGAUAAUGCUACUGAAUCUACAGAUCCAACUAUAGAUGAAACUGUAAGUGAAAAAGGUACUAUUGAUAUUGCCAUUGAACCUACAGAACCAAUCAUAGGUGAAACUUUGAGUGAGAAACAGCCAGAAGAAAUUAUGGAUGAUAAUGAACUAUCUAUGAAGGAACAUUCCAACGAGAAGAAAGCAACUGAAGACCCAUCUCCCACUGAAGAAUUAGAAGAUAUCACUAAGACAUCAUUUGAAAACACUGAAGCUUCUUCAAUUUGUAAUACUAUUGAAGAAAAUACAAAUAAACCAUCUGAUGAACAAAUAUACAGUGUACCUAGUGAUGAACUGGGAGUUAAUGCCUUAGAUGAUGAUACAAGUGACAGAAAUGGGAGUCCUAAUGUGGGAGGAAGCAUGGAGGAUGAGAAUGACACUCCAAUGUUUGACCUUGAUAACGUGGAUGUUAUUCCAACUCAAAUAGAGGAUAACAAACAAACUGUUGAUGAUUCCGCAGAAGAAAAGGUACUUGAAAUGCCAAAGGAAAUUGAAGCUGACCAAAUAAAAGACACAAUAGAAACAAAUGAAAAGGAAGAUAAUAGUGUAAAUAAUCAAGACAUUCCCGAUGAAAAUGCGUCGGAACAGGUUCAGGCUACAGAGGGAGAAAAACAGGAGAAAAACACUGAACAACAGGAUAACAUGGACAACAGAGAUAAUAUAAAAGCAGAUGAGCAAGACAAUGUAGAUAAUAAUGAGCCUGGUAAUGUAACAAACAACCAGCAGGAUAGCAUAGAAACUAAUGAUAGCAAGGAGAAGACAGCCAUUGAUAAUAGUAAUACAAAUGUUGACAAUGGGACAGAUGAUCUAAGCCAGGUUGAUACACAUCAAAGUACAAAUGUACCUGGAAUUGUUGGUGCUAGUGAACUCUCCACACCAAAUAGUUUACUCCAACCAGACAUAAACAUUCCAUUUGAAGACAAACACCUGAACAGUCCUGGUACACCUGUCAUGGAUGAACCAGAGGAUGCAGAACCAAUAGAAGACCAAAUUACUGACACUUCCAAUACUCUGGAGCAAGUGACUCAACUCGAGCCUGAAGACAUCUUGGAACAUGAUACUCCUAAAGGAAAAGAGACUGGUUCUGAAUUAGAGAAAGAACCUGAUGCACGAAAAAAACCAUGAAUCCUCACCUGCCAUUGACAAAACAAAUGGAUCAUUAGAAGAGAAAACUGACACUCAAGGUCAGGAGAGUAAUAUCAACGAAGGAAAAGACAGUGAAGAAUCUAAUAAAUCACAGAUCCCUCCAACUCCUCAGGAAAUGAAAGAAAAAUCAACACAUAAACCAAUUCCUGUAAAGUGGGAUGAUAAACAGCGAGACGACAGAACUCUACAGUCUCCAGAGUCAAGUAACAGUAAAUAUCAGGAUAAUCGAGACAAACCAAGAGAUGAUUACAGAAAGCAUUCAGAUGGUAGAGACUCAUACAGAGACAGGAAUAAUCACAGGGACGAUUCACAGGGAUACAGGGACAGGUCACGUGACAGAGAUCACCAUGGUAACCACAACUCUAGCAACUAUCACCAGGGCAAUUACAGUAGCAACAGAGGGUAUGACCAGAACAACUGGAACAGACAAGGUGGAGGAAGAGACAGAAACCAUGGCAACCAACAUGGCUACCAUGGUAACCAGAGGGGAGAUUGGAACCGUAACCAUGACAACAGGGACAAUAAUCGCAAUAGAGACUAUAACAACAGACAACAAUAUGGUGGAUAUAAUAACAGAGGCAAUAACAGGGGAGGAUAUCACAACAGAGGGGGUGGAUAUUAUUAAUAUCUAGCCACCCAAUACAGUGGCUUCUCUCUAACAUUGGUGGUUACAAUAUGGGUCUAAUGUACCCAUAAAUUAAGAGAAUUGAGUGAAGAUAUUGAACUUACAUUUGUGUUCAAUCAGCAUUACAGAAUUAAUUUUAGCUAUAUAUAAGACAUACUGUAAUAAUGAUUAGUAUUUAGUGAUGUGAUGAUGAUGUAUUGAGUAUGUUGCAACUUAGAUUACCUUGCACGGUAUCAAUAAUUCCUGGUCACAUAUUAUAGAAUAUGAUAUUGUAAGAUCUUUUACGGUAAUGAAUAUAUUGUCCAGGUCAAGUCAUAGGCUCUGACUUCAAUAUAGCACAGCGUCAUUAGUAGCAGAUUCUUUCCAUAUAUUGUACAGGGUGUCAAAUAAAUAUGUCCUCCCCCUCAACUUUAACAUCCACAAAAUGUUGCAUAACUUUUCCGUCUGUAUGAUAUCUGAACU